GGAGAGGAAGAAAAACAUAAACAUUUGCGAAGGAAGUAAAGAAGAACAGUUUAUAUUUUGUUGGUCGGAGCCUCGUUGGAAUCGAAAAUCUCGCCAUGAGUGAAGAAGGUCCCAAGCUUUUCACUAACAAACCCAAGAAGAAGAAUAUCAUUGCUCAGCUGAAGCACGUCGAAGCCACAGGUGGGACCACCGUUCCUCCAUCGUCGAAUCCAGCUGCGGCGGCGGCGGCUUCGUAUACGAUGGGCGGUGGUUCUGCUCCUCCCCCUCCUCCGCCUCCCAAGGAAUCGUUCGCUCGAAGGUACAAAUAUAUGUGGCCGCUUCUCCUCACCGUCAAUCUCGCCGUCGGAGGUUACCUUUUCUUUAGGACUAAGAAGAAGGACAUAGAAGAACCUGCAAGUGAAGAGAUUGCUGCUAAAUCAGAUUCAGUCGCGGCUCCUGUUACAGUGGAAAAGCCGGUGUCUUCUGCAGUGGUUGCGGAGCCAGUGGUGGUCAAGGCACGUGAGCCAUUACCGGAGAAGCAACAACGUGAGCUCUUCAAAUGGAUGUUGGAGGAGAAAAGAAAAGUAAAACCACAAAACGCACAAGAGAAGAAGAGGAUUGAUGAAGAAAAGGCGAUUCUCAAACAAUUCAUAGCAUCCAAAACCAUUCCUACUCUCUGAUUAAAAUUUUCAGUUUCUGUCGAUUUGGUUUUAGUUAUUUUUGUGGAUGUUUUGCAUUUUACAAUAACUUCGAAAUCUCAUCCUUUUCAUCAUUCCAGUGUUGUCAUUUAUCAUUUUUUUUUGUUUCUUCUACAUGAGUGGUAAAUUACCCUCUGAAUUUUUGGUAAGAGUAUGCUCGACAUUCUAUAAUUACUCUUUUCAGAGUAAAAUCUGUUAUAACCA